ACCUCUGGCCCGGAAGUGCAGGUGGUUUGUGUACACUGGAGGGAAGAUGGCGGAGGGCGCGGAGUCGGUGGCUGGGCCCGAGGCAGAAGCGGGCUCCGGUCCGGCGGAGACCGGCCACGCCGCAGCCAAGGCGGCCAAGAGGGGCCGCGGGCGGCCGAGGCUGAGCGACAGCGACCGCAUGCGGCAGCGGGUCAACAGCCGCAAGAAGUACGACAACCGGCGCAUCUACAUCGGCGAGUCGUUCGCCGUGUGGGCGGCGCUGCGGGAGCGCUACGGCUGGUCCGACAAGCGGCUGGCGGAACAUCUGGUGCAGCUGGAGCAGCGGCCGAGCAAAUCUGGAGCAGAACACCAGAACUCGAAAAUUAAUUCGUCACAUAAAGUAAGAAAGCAUGCAGUUAGCUCGUUGAAGACUCUGGUGGUGUGGUAUGAGCACCAUAAGCAGACAUGCAAGCAGGAACCAUUGCUGUAUGAGCUGCAACAGAUGUGUGACUGCUCGGUGGCUGUGGUGUGGCAGUGCGAGGCAGGUCACCAGUAUCUACACCACAUGGAGCCUGUGCAGAACACCUGCCAUUCCCCUGCCUCUGAACCCAUCGUCAAGAGCAAGCUGACCAUCAGCAACUCGGAGGAAAAUCUGAAUCAGCAACAGUGCGUUGUGGAGAAAAAGAAGAGCAAGACCAAAAGGAAUGCAAUCAGAAAGAAACCAGGGCAGUCCAAUGAAUUGUACAUGAAGUGUGAAUCAGAAACGUCGACUUGUGAUGAAUCUGAUUCGGAUCAGAAAUUCAAGGAAUAUUUCAAUGUGAAACUCAUUGAUGUCGAAGCCAAUCAUCCCAGUUAUGGAGGUGGAAAUAAAGUGAAUGGCAAGCCACAAGCCUUGAGUUCGGGAGAGGAAUCUUCCAAAGUGGAAGGGCAAAACGGACAGCUUGAGAGGACUGCGAUUGAUGAGCCAGCAUCUUCAUGCCAAACUCAGUCACCAUGCAGGAAUUCCAUUGUUGAAGACAAUACCCCUUCGUUGGCAGCAGAGCUUCCUACUUUGAAUACUCUAGUACAGACUGUUGGGAAGGAUGCACUGUACUCCUUAACUACCAAUUGCCCUGUAACUGUGCAGAUUUCUACGGUACAGAGUUCAGAAAUCACCAGCAUUACAGAAGAAUUUGGACAAGUGCCCUUGGACACUGCACAACAAGUAAAUCCUGCUGAAUAUGAGGAAAUGACUUGUACCUUCUCAGAACAGUUGACCUACGUAAAUCCAGUGGCUGAAUGCUACACCAUCGAGGAACAGAAUGAAGCUACAGAAUGGAAUGACCAUCCAGAUGUGAUAGCAGAGAGAACGGUCAUUGAUGGCUCUGCCUUGCCUCCAGUCGAAGCAGGUGAAAAUACACAGGACAUGCCACAUAAACCAAAGAGGAAAAAACGGGGUCAUGUUAUUGAUGCUGACGGGAUGUUUCAGCUGUUUCAUUGUCCGCAUGAAGGAUGCAACCAGGUGUACAUCACGUUAAAUAGCUUCCAGAAUCACGUCAACCUGGUGCACAGAAAGGGGAAAACGAAAGUCUGCUCACACCCAGGUUGUGGGAAGAGGUUUUAUUUAUCAAAUCACCUGCGGAGACACAUGAUCAUUCACUCGGGAGUGCGAGAUUUUAUUUGUGAAACUUGUGGGAAAUCAUUCAAAAGGAAGAAUCAUCUUGAAGUCCAUCGAAGGACACACACUGGGGAAACACCACUCCAGUGUGAAAUCUGUGGAUAUCAGUGUCGACAGAGAGCUUCACUAAACUGGCACAUGAAGAAACACGACACGGAGAUACAGUACAACUUCACCUGUGAAUACUGUGGCAAGAAGUUUGAGAAAAUGGACAGUGUCAAAUUUCACAAGUUAAAAAGUCACCCGGAGUGUCAGACCAUGUGACUUGACAUUGCUGGCCUUGUACUGUUGUAGCAAGAGGCAUAUGCACGAAUCCUCCUCGACAAGGCGUAACAUUUGUGCAAGCACUGUUUAUUCAAACAUAAAAUUCUAUAUUUUCAGCUUCUCUAUAUUAAAUAUUUUCAAAUUGUUGCGGGUUGAGUGGGGUUUGUGGUGCGGGGGAGUUUGGGGGGAAAUGCAAUGAGUUUACUUGAAUCCCGGGCCAAUGCAAUGGCUGGUGCCUGAGUGGAGGCCACUCUGUACAGCAACUCUUCUGAUCACUUGAAGAGACUUCUUGUUUAAUCAAAUCUGCAACAUGCCUGGCUUUAACGUUGGCCGGCAAAGAAGCAUGUUUAAAAUCACAAUAGCCUAUGACUGAGUGAAAUGGACCACGUGGAUAAUCACACAUUAAGGCAACGAUAUAGAGCACAUGUUAAGGCAAUUGUUUCAUGUCAAGGCUGUUUUCAACAGAACUGGAAAAAGUUGGAGGUAAAAUAAUUCAAUGAUUCUUUCAUUUGCACUCUCUAGGCCACAUGUAGUUUUUGUGGACAACUGUUGUUCUCCUGUUCUAGUCCAUACUGCAGUUACUCAUACAUGAACUAUGAUGGGGAUGGUGAGUCAGGCAUUUGGAUUUGUUGUAGUGUGUCGGAUAGUGUCUUUGCAAUGAUCUAUACAUUAUAGAAAAUGGAAUCCAACUUGGUUCAUGCUACUCGAACAGGUGUCUGGGUGAUUUUUGGACAUUGUAUACUAAGUGAGUCAAAGGUCCUGUUUCCAAGCUGUAUCUCGAAACAAGUCUAAACUAAAUAACAAUUUGAAUGUGUUAUUAUGUAAAGGGUAAUUAUUACCAAAGUACUGUGUUGGUAUAUGUGAAAUCAUGAAAUGCUGAACUAGGGUGCAGAAUCCUGGAUAGAGUUUACAACUUCACAAGUUCAAGCCAGACCCAGGCACUUAUAGAUUUUGGUCUGCAAAAUAAUCCAUUCAGUGACAUGUAAGCAAAGUCUUUCACUUUGCUGCUUUAACUGUUCUCAAUGCAGAUUGGCCGUGAGAUGCACUUUGCAUCAGGUUUUCCAGAUAAAACAAGGCAAAACCUGCUUUGGUUCUUGAUCCAGAUAAUACUCUCACUGGACGUUUGUGUGCAAUAACAAGCUUCCUCUACCAUGUGAAUAUUGAUUGAAUUGACAAAAGAAUGAGUCAAAACGGGUAUGGACUGGCAGCAGACUAGUUCAUCAUUAUGAGCUGGUACCAAGAAAAUGGAAAAUAUUUGUAGAACGAGGAGAAAACAUUUGUGUGGUCUGUUGCUGGUCUUCACAGUAACCAGCAAAAGGUUUCACGAAUUAACAAAAUCCUUCAAUAUACAACGAUAUUGAGACUCCUGAAUUAAGGAGCUUGAACUGCACAUUAAGUUAAAUGUUUAAACAUUGGCAAUUUCCAGAUGAAGUCUGUUACUUAGUCAGUUCUGGUCUUUAGUGUGGACUAGACAGUCAGGCAAGCUGUGCAUGGUGUUCUGAGUUCACUGUGCAGCAGUUCGCAACAAAAGAUUUGGUUCUUGCAAAAGGGCAAAAGCAAAACCUUGGCGAAUGAACAAGGCCCCUGAGAUUAGUGGUUCUCGGCAGGAUCUGGCUUAUGGAGCAGGAGUUAUGGCACUUUUCAAAGGACCACGAGUGUAGAUGGGACAUGUUGGUUGGUGUGGGCUAGUUGGGCCGAAGGGCCCUUUUCAACAGUCUAUGACCCCAGCUAAUUGUGCAUUAUCUGAUACUCCAUCUAAAGUACGACACUUCUCCCUAUCCUCCCGUCACACAGUGCUGGUGCAUGAGCAUUUUCUGUACACCUUUGAGGUCUUGCUAAUGUUAAGUUAGCAUCAUCACCAAAAGGACGGUUUACAAGCUUAACCAGUAUGAUGACAAUGUUUUAAUGUACAUUGAGAGUUUUUAUUUUAUGAUGUUUUACGUUAGUAAAUGUCAAAUUAUUUUAUUGU